CCUCUCUGGAACUCUAUAAACGUCGGCAGACGAGUCCGUGGCUUCCACUCUGGAUUGUGCCUUCCUUCUGUCUGGUGCCGCGUUGUCUGGCGAUCGACACCGUCAUGCCUACCGAAAUACUCGCAACGGUCGAACGAUCAGUUGAGCUGGAUCUGCAGACACCGACCAUCCCGUCGAAGGGGUGUUCUUCUGUCCGAAGCCACCGGAAGAUGUCUGAACUUCACAAACCUUCGACCGCUUUGCAGAUUCCGGACAAUUUUAAAGGUUACCCUCUCAAUUCGUUCUGCGUCCCAGCUCAUUACACCGAAGACCUCGCUGAGAUUCUCCUCCCUUGCGGUUUGAUCCUCGAUCGGGUUGAACGUUUGGCGAAGGACAUAGCCAUACACUACGAGGAUCAAAGUUUCCGGGCGCUCUGUGUUCUCAAGGGUGGCUAUAAGUUUUUCGCAGACCUCCUGGAUCGAGUUCGGCAGUACAAUCGGCUCAGCGGGCAGUCUUCGGUUCCGUUCUCCACUGAUUUUAUCAGGAUACAAAGCUACGUGGACGAUAAAUCAACCGGCAAUGUGAGAGUCAUUGGACUCGACAACCUUGAGAACAUUCGAGGGAAGAACGUACUCAUCGUCGAAGAUAUCAUCGACACAGGACGCACUAUGGUCGCCCUCCUCGAGCAUCUGAAACUCUACGAGCCCCGGGAGGUCAAGGUCGCUUCCCUCUUUGUUAAGAGGACGCCACUUAGCAACGGAUACAAGCCUGACUAUGUAGGCUUCGAAACACCCGAUCGAUUCCUGGUUGGGUACGCUCUAGAUUACAAUGAGAGAUUCAGAGACCUAAGCCACGUUUGCGUGAUAAGUGACACCGGACGCAAGAAAUAUGCGAACGACCCGAUGUAACCCGAAAAGGGAAUGCCCGAUCUCGUUCAGUACCGGAAAAAAAACUUCAUUAUACCUUUCUUUAAAAAUAAAUAUCCAUCUACAUAUUGAACGAAUGGAAUGGAUCUCGUA